CUCAAGCCAAGGAAGUACAAUCACACCGCUCUCUCCCAAGAGGACACAAAAACGCUUCAUGCGAUGAUUCACAACGCUACAUUAAUUGGUGUAAAUUUGUGAUGACUCACAUGUUUAGCGCCACCUCCGACGAUUGGCCACUCCCCUACGCCCUCCUAGUCAUGGCGAUUCGUGAUGAGUACAACAUCAAGACCGACGUUGGGCCGAAGCAAAAGGGGACAAAGCAUUGGGAGAUUGAUGAAUCCUCCUUCCACUCGGGCACCGACGAAACACCGUUCCGACAGCCUCGUCCACGACGCCAACCAAGGGAUGCUUCUUCAAACACCCCAUCUCUAGCCGAGCAAAUGGCCGCCUUGACCACCACCCUUUCUUGGAUAGACACCAACUUCUCCCAAACGGCCCAAAACGUCAACAUUUUGAGCCAGGAGAUUAAAUGCCAAAGCUUCCUAGCAACGCUGGAGGGGCAAGCCUGCGAGUGGUUCCAUAAGUUGCCCAAAGGGUCGAUCGACAAGUGGAGCGACUUGGCCCACAAGUUUCUGGAGCACUUUGCGUCCAGCCGGAGACAGAAGCUCUUGUUCUCACAUUUGCUUAAUGUGAAAAUUUGGAAGGGGGAGCAACUCUGGGAAUUUAUUAAUAGGUGGGAGAAGGAGGGUAGGGACGUCCCGGGGGCGGACGACCAAGCCCUGAUUGCGAUACUCCAGGCGGCACUCCCUCAGGGGGAUGUGCGCAAGGAGCUUCACCGAAAUCCACUCUCUACCUAUCAGGAAAUGCUGGCUAGGGCAAAGUACCUGGCGUUAGAAGAAGAAGACGACGAGCCGCCCAUCCAGAAGGAGAAGAAAAACGGACAGUCAACAGGAGAGAAGGAAAAGGAAAGAUUUUGCAUCCAAGACGCGCCCAAGUUGUCCGAGUACCAUUGUAUCAGCACCCACAAUACGUCAGAGUGCGUUACGCUGAAGAAGGAAAUGGAUCAGCUGAUCGCCAGAGGACUGCCUCCUCGACCGGAGCGGCAAACAGCGGGGAACAGAACAUUGAGGCGACCAGCAGCUGCCGCCGCGGCGAUCACCACCGGAGAGGGGCAGGAGGACGGAAGGCGACAUAUGGGGAGAGAUUGUGAAGACCUAGAUGAGGAAGAAAGGCAUAACUGCCAGCACUUGGGAUGUCGCUUCAUUAUGGGUGGAAAUACCAGAGGUGACUCAGCGUCCUCACGAAGGAAAUGGAAGAAUAUGGUCCACCUGGCUGAGGAACAGAGGCCACCGUUGCCCAAGCGGAAGAAGAAGGAACCCUUGAUCUUCACAGACGAAGAUUAUCCGCCAGUCCUUAUUCCCCAUCGGGAUGCGCUGGUGGUGAAUAUAGAGAUCAACAAUGUGGUCGUCCAUCACAUGUUGGUCGAUACCGGUAGCUCGAUCAACAUUAUGUAUAGCAAUACCUUUAAAGAACUGGGCUUGUCUCGAGGAGACCUCAAGCCAAUCCGCACCCCACUGUCAGGAUUCACAAGGGAUACCAUUGAAGCGGAAAGAACUAUUAUAGUGAAGGCUGGGGCCCAUCCGAUCCACGUGUUGUCCCAAAACCCGAUCGGAACCCUCAUUCGGAGUCCUAAUGCUCCGUCGCGAGUCAGCAAGUGGGGGGUAUUCCUGGGACCAUUCCAGAUAGAGUUCAAGUCGCGACCGGCGAUCAAGGGGCAAGCCUUGGAGGAUUUCGUGGUGGAAUGCACAACAAGGGAAGUGGAGACCACCAGAGAAGAGCAAGUUGAAAACUUGUGGACUAUAUACACCGAUGGAUCGUCCGCGACUGAUGCUUCGUGGGGAGGCGUCGUGGCAAUAUCACCAGAAGGAUUCAAGGCGUACUACUGUAUAAGAUUCCGUUUUAAGGUCUCGAACAACGAGGCUAAGUAUGAAGCGCUCCUUUGUGGCUUGAGGCUGGCAGCGUCCUUGAAAGGUGAGCGGAUCCAGGUCAGGUGUGAUUCAAAAUUGAUAGUGGGCCAUGUCACAGGGGAAUCUGAAGCGAAGGACGAGCGGAUAAAGAAGUAUAGGGACACUGCGUUGGAAUUGCUUAAGGUGUUCGGGGUGUACCGGAUAGAGCAGGUCCCUCAAGAGGAAAAUGCUAAGGCAGACAUCCUCUCAAAGCUUGGUCCGGACUCCCCGGACCACAUUAAGGCAAUGACUCAAGAAGAGGAGUUGUUGGAACCAAGCAUUAGUCCCGGACAAGUCCUAGUCAUCACACUCAAUGAGCCGGACUGGAUCGACGAAUUGACCAUGUACUGUAACACCCCAACCCGCGUAACCCGAAUACAAGGACCAGCAGAUCGGGUUGUCACUAAAUUCGCAUUCUGACACAAUAAUUUUUAAAACAAUUUAAAAACAUUUAAUUCAAAAUAUUAUUUAAAUAUCCAUCGGAGUUAACAAAACGGUGCGGAAGCCUUUAGGUACUCAAUCAAAAUACAACUUUGGG